AUGUCCGAGCAAGACCCUCCCAAGGAUACCGAUGCCGAGCUAGAAGCCUUCAGACGACAAUGGCGUGCCGAAGUCCAGUCACGAAACAAGCAAUCCACAUCAGAACAAUCCCAUCCGAAGACCCAUCACAAGCAUACCCAUCCCUCGUCCUCUGCUCCGAAGCCCAGACCGCAACACCACAAACACGACGAACAUGAUGCCGACGAAGAAGACGUUGCCUCGCAGGUACACUACGACUUGCCAGACAAAGAAGCCGAGCUACGUCUGGAUGCACACGAACAAGCUCUCGCGAGAGGUGCCUUGACGAAAGAGCCCAAAUCUGCCCUCGACCAUUAUGAAAAGGCCGUCGAGAAAGAGACCAUGGGAAGCUUGGGUGACAGUGUAGCCCUCUACCGCACUGCCUUCAAGAUGGACGACCGCGUACAUGAAAAAUACAAGAACAAGCACUUUCCCCCGUCGGCCUUUCCGCCAAAGCCAAAGGUCCCAGCACAACAACCCAUCCCGUCCAAUGCAAGUCAGACUGUGCCAGGAACUGCCCACCACUCGUCCCACGGUCUACCACCGACUCUGACCGAGCUGGUGGACCAGUUUUCUCACCUCUCUAUCCCUGGCGCACCAGCUCCUACAGAUGCCGAUCCUCCACCGCCGUGUCCUAUCGCAGAGCUUCCCGGCGAGAUCCUAUCCGAGAUUCUGACCUACGCCGCUAUCAAUGAUCUGGCUUCUCUCGCCAAAGUCUCUCUUGUCUGCAAGAGAUUCGCCUACAUCGUCAUGACGGACGAAUCUAUCUGGAAGCGUGUCGCCCAAGGCUCAGAGUUUGGCUUCGGAGGCAUGUACUACAACUACGCAUGCAACCUCAAAGGUGAACCCCUCGAACCAGAACUCGAAGACGACCCAGCCUAUCUUUCCGAAGGACUAGACCAAGAUUCAGACUCUGAAGCCCAACUUACAAUACUUCCGCGCCCCUCCAAAACCACGCCAGAAAUCGACAAUGAGUUGCUGCAUUCUUCCUACUCUUCUUCCUGGCGUCAAAUGUUCCGCUCUCGUCCCCGUCUACGCUUCAAUGGCUGCUACAUCAGCACGGUGAAUUACCAGCGACCUGGUGCAACAAAUACUUCCUCUUCCACCUGGGGCACACCAAUCCUCAUUGUGACUUACUUCCGCUACCUUCGCUUUUUCCGCGACGGCACUUGCAUCUCCCUCCUGACAACCACCGAGCCUAUUGAUGUAGUCCACCACCUGACCAAGGAAAACAUGCGUUCCUAUGCCACUGGCUCACUUCUGCCAAACAGUGUCAUGAGAGACGCUCUACGAGGGCGUUGGCGUCUGAGCGGCCCCGGCAACGACCCAACCUCCGAAACAGAAGGAGACGUACAUAUAGAGACUGACGGCGUGAUACCCAAAUACAUGUGGAAGAUGCAAUUCGGUCUGGGCUCUAGAGGAAAGAAGAGCGCGGGAGGAAACAAGUUGUCCUGGAAAGGCUUUUGGAGCUACAAUCGCUUGACGGACGAUUGGGGUGAGUUUGGAUUAAAGAACGAUAAAGCAUUCUUAUUUAGCAGGGUCAGAGGAUAUGGCAUGGGGUACUAG